AUGGCGGACUCCGAACUCCCUACCCGUCCCAAGCCCGAGGAAGCUCCCGCCGCUGGAGGCGAGGGCGAGACCAAGAACGCCAGCAAGAAGGCGGCAAAGAAGGCGGCAAAGGAAAAGGCCAAGGCUGAGAAGGCCGCCGCUCGCGCAGCUCAAGAGAAGGCCCAGGCCGCUGCCCAGGAGGCCAAUGAUACCGCGAAAGGUCUUUACGGGCCCCUGCCCGAAAGCGAGGAUGUCAUCUCUUCAACCCGAUUCAGCCAGCUAUCAGAAGAUUCACAGGGCAAGGAGAUUACCGUUGUUGCACGAGUCGACAAUGCGCGCGUCCAGAGCGCCAAAUUGGCAUUCUUGAUGCUGCGACAGCAGGGCCAGAAGAUUCAGGCUGUCAUCGCUGCCGCAGAGCCUAUCUCGCGACAGAUGAUCAAGUACACCGGUGGUCUCAACGUCAACUCUAUUGUCCAAAUUACCGGUAUCGUCAAGAAGCCUGAGAUCCCCAUUUCCUCCGCGACUAUUCAAAACCUUGAGCUCCACAUCCGCAAAGUGUAUAUGAUUUCCGAGGCCGCGCAGAUGCUGCCAAUGCAGGUCAAGGAUGCCGAGCGCCCACCUCCAGAGACCAACGAGGAGGGCGAGGUCGACGCUGAGGGCGCCCCUAUUGUUACUCUCAAGACCCGCCUUGAUAACCGGGUCCUGGACCUCCAGACUGAGACCAGCCAGGCUAUUACCUGGAUUUCCAGCGGUGUCGCGGAGUUGUUCGCCGAGUACAUGAUUAAGAGCGGUUCUCGAUGGAUCUUCACCCCCAAGCUAGUGGGUGCCGCCACUGAGGGUGGAAGCAACGUGUUUGAGGUGAAGUACUUCAAGCGUAACGGUUAUCUUGCCCAGAGUCCCCAGCUCUACAAGCAAAUGUGUAUCGCUGGUGAUAUGGAGAACGUAUUCGAGAUUGCCCCAGUGUUCCGUGCCGAAGACAGCAACACCCACCGUCACUUGACCGAGUUCGCUGGUCUCGAUUUCGAGAAGACUUUCGAGAACCACUACCACGAGGUUCUGGAGUUUGCCGAGAACCUCUUGGUAUUCAUCCUGAGCCAACUGAAGGAGCGCUACGCCUCGCAGAUCGCCACAAUCCAAAAGUCCUACCCCAAGGCCGGCGACUUCAAGCUCCCUAAGGACGGCAAGGCCCUGCGCCUGAACUACAUGGAUGGAGUCGCCCUCCUCAAGGAAGCUGGCGUCGACAUGUCGGAGCAAGAGCGCUUCGAGAACGACUUCACCACUGCGAUGGAGAAGCAACUGGGCCAGAUCAUCCGCGAGAAAUACGACACCGACUUCUACGUUCUGGACAAGUUCCCCAUGGCCGUGCGACCCUUCUACACCAAGGCCGACCCCAAGGACAGCCGCUUCUCCAACUCUUACGACUUCUUCAUGCGCGGCGAGGAGAUCAUGUCCGGUGCGCAGCGUAUUCAUAACAUCGAGGAGCUGGAGGCUUCGAUGCGCAGCAAGGGUCUGGACCCUACCCAGGAGGGCUUCGAGGAUUACCUCAACGCUUUCCGCCAGGGAUGUCCUCCGCACGCAGGUGGUGGUCUGGGUCUGAACCGUAUUGUCAUGUUCUUCCUGGGUCUGCCUAACGUCCGUCUGGCUUCGCUGUUCCCUCGUGACCCGCAACGUCUGCGCCCAUAA